AUGGAGCCUGUGUCAGUUCCUGUACUGGUGGGUGGACUUACUGGUUGUGUAGCCCAGUUAAUAAGAAUUGCUGAAGAGAUUCUACACUUUAUUUCACAAGAACAGCAAAUUCCUCAUUUAGAGCAGAAUAAAACAGUAGAACAGGUAGAAGCAGAUGGGGCUCCCCCAAAGGAAGCCCCACUACCAGACCUUGCUAAUUUCUCUGACAUAGAAUCAAUACUUUCACUAAGACAAAAUGAAGACCUGGUCCCUGACAUAGAUCAAGCUUUGUUAGAUAUAGGUGCUAUAAAUGAGGAUUUAUUGCCUAGUUUCAACAAUAAUUCAAGAAGGGAAUAA